UCUUCCUCGUCGGUGAGCCCAUUGAGAGAGGAAGGCUAAUGCUGAGGCUGCUGGUAGUGCCUUACCGACGCUGCUCCUACCGCAUGAUGGCAACACUCUCACAGACAAAGGAGAUAUUCCGGAGAGCAGAAGCUGUCUGUUUCGAUGUGGACAGCACGGUCAUCAAAGAAGAGGGCAUAGAUGAGCUUGCCAAGUUUUGUGGAGUGGGGGAUGCAGUCACUGAAAUGACUCGCAGAGCGAUGGGCGGCUCAGUGACGUUCAAAACAGCCCUGACUGAGCGUCUGUCCAUCAUCCGUUGCUCCAGAGAACAGGUGAACAAACUGAUAACAGACCACCCGCCUCAGCUGACUCCAGGUAUCAGGGAGCUUGUGGACCGCCUGCAUCAGCGCAACAUCAAGGUGUUUCUCAUCUCCGGCGGCUUCCGCUGCAUCGUCGAACACGUGGCCACUCAGUUAAACAUUCCUCUGCAUCACGUCUACGCCAACCGGCUCAAGUUCUACUUCAACGGGGAGUACGCUGGUUUUGACGAAAGCCAGCCCACGGCUGAGAGUGGUGGAAAAGGAAAAGUCAUCAGCAUGUUGAAGGAGCAAUACGGCUUCAAGACCGUGGUGAUGAUUGGAGAUGGAGCCACUGAUCUAGAGGCGUCCCCUCCUGCUAGUGCUUUCAUUGGCUUCGGUGGGAACGUCACCCGGCAGCAGGUUAAGGAGAAGUCCUCGUGGUACGUGACAAGUUUUGGGGAGCUGCUAAAGGAACUGGAAAAGAUCUAAAGAAGCUAAAAAAGAUCCCAUUACUAAUUUUAACAUUUUAUAUUUGCACCUACUGUAAGGGUGUGCCUCUGACGGUUUUAUCCCCUGCACACUUUUCCUCCCCUUCUCCCCUCCUCUCUUAUAGAUUUUUAUUAUGAAUGAAAAUGUUUACACUAGUGAAACCAAUUUUACCUUCACAGGGGACGUCACCCUGCUGAUUUUUAUACUAGAUACUAAAAGAAUAACCAAACACUGUUUAUGUGAUGGUUAAGAAGAUUUUAGUGUUUUUGCACUUUUUGCAUCAAAGCCUUUUAGGUAAGCUAAUACAACUCCUGCGUAUAAUGACAGGAGCAGUGUUUUAUUUCUGUAUGGGUACUAAGAGCUGUAACCACACGUCAGUAAGUGUUAAGUCCUGUUAAGAACACCAGCAUUAAAGAGAAGAGCAUGCUGUCAGA